AUGACAUCUGUUACAUCAAAAACAACGGAUUGUGUGUCAUGUAUGAAACCUGUGCCGUCUGACAUUUAUAGAACUCAUAUUCAACAAUGUGUAGCACGUAAUGAACCUUCACCAGUUCAUUCAUCGAAGGAAUUAGAUGAGUUACUAUGUAAUUCAUGUUUAAAAAUUGUCGAAAAAGAUUUCAUACAUGAAAUACCGUGUCAUUUUAAACAUAAAUAUUGUGUUACAUGUUUAACAAAACAAGCUCAACAAUAUGUACGUGACAAGUCAGUACCUGUAUGUCAUCCAAAGAAAUGCGACUAUGAAUUAUCCAAACAUGAUAUUGGUCGUAUACCUUUAGUAUUUGAUAUGUAUCAAAAAUUAGAAAAAUUAGUUAAAGGUCAAUCUCGUCCACAAUGUGGAAAAUGUUGGAUGUAUUUUGAUGAGCUCGAUAAACAUCAAGAAGAAUGCCAAGGAUGUGAAUGGUUAAUACCCUGUGACUAUUGUACAUGUUUAUAUGACGCCAAUAAAUUGAAUGAACAUAUCGCAGAUUGUCAAAAACGAAAAAAUGGACAAUGGACAAUAAUUGAAUUUAUACAACAACGCACAAAAUAUCCACUUAGUGGAAAACAAUUAGAAUUAUUUUUAAACAAACGAAAAAAAGAUAAAUUAUCAUUACAUAUUCCAGAUAUUAUUGAAACAUUAGCUGAAUAUGGUCCAAUAUUUCCGUUUGACAUUCCAACUCGUGUAUGUGAUGUGUGCACGGAUUCAUGCACGUAUGAUGAUAUAUUCGUGUUCGAUUGUGAAUCAAAUCAUAAAUUAUGCUAUUCGUGUUACCAUGACGGCAUUAGAGCGAAGUUUAACAGUCAAGAGAUACUCUGUUGUCCUUUAUGCUCCGCUAAUACAGCAAAGCCAUUGUUAGAUGGUGAGAUAAAUCAAUUAAGGAUACCAAUAGAAGAUAUUCGAAAAUAUAAAGAUUAUCAAACACGUAAAACAUUCGCCACAUAUUCGAAUUCUACUCGUGGUGUUAUUAAAUGUCCAAAUAGAGAAUGUCAAUGGUUAGUCGAAGCACAUAAUCCAGAAGAACGGUUUAAAGUUAAUUGUGGUUUAUGUAACAAUGAAUUUUGUUCAUUAUGUAAUGAACAAUAUCAUUAUCGAACUAAUUGUCAAGAUGUUGCACAAUUAACACAAAGAUGGUAUUUUUGGUGUCAAACUGAGCGUGGUAAUUAUUUACGUCAACGUGCUGCAGCUGAUGAGAAGUAUCAGGGUCAAUUGAAUGAAUAUAAUCGUGCUCGUGAUCAAAAUGUCAAACGUAAUCAAGAAUUACAGCACCGUUACACUGAGUUAGUAGCCGAUGAACAAUAUAAAGCAACCAAUUGUCGUUUAUGUCCAAAAUGUCGUCGUGUUGUACAAAAAAUUGAAGGUUGUGAUGCAAUGGUAUGUGGUCAAGAUGCACAUGGUGGCAACAUACAAUCGGGUUGUUCAAAUAAAUUUAAUUGGUCACAAGCGCCAGUCUAUCAAGCGCAGGCUGAUCAACAACAAAAAUUCGAGCAAUUUUUAGCUGAAAUGCCAAAACAACAAAUUAUUGAUCAUAACGGUAUUCAGUGUGAUAAUUGUAAAGAAGAAAUACGUGGAAUACGAUUUGUUUGUAUUCAUUGUCCAACACUAACAUUUUGUGAAAAAUGUGAACAACAACAGUCACUUGAACAUCAUAAUGAAAACACGUUUAACGGAGAAAAACAACAUGUUUUCAAAUUAAUCACAAAAAGAGGUGAAGAAUAG